CAUGGCAAUUUCCUGCAAUACCUUUGGGAUACCUUACCGGAUUAAGUUUAAGUAUUUUGGAGGUCCAUUGUAUUCAAUGAAUGGUUUCUGUGUUAUUGUAGGUCAGAAUUGUAUGCAAUCUCUCAAUGGGGAAGAUGUGACAGGUGUGAGAUGUAGAGGGUUCAACAGACUACAUUGAAAAAUGUGCCAGACAUGAAGAGAUUUUUGAAACAAAAGUGGGGGACUAUAUAAGGGGAAGUGAACGCAAAUUCCCCACCUCCGGUUAUACAAAUUCCCCCGCUAUACUGGUGCAAAAUCCCAGCCAUUUGUAGCUACACCCUGAGCACUGAGCCAUUGUCUGCUGAUGACCUGAUAUAUGAUGAUAAGAUCAAGGGCCCAAGAUAUCUGAAGGAAAGAAGGAACUUUUCAUGGUUGUUCUGGUUCUGAAUCAGUUAAGAACUCGUAACCACAGUGAAAACCCAGUUUCUUUCAGGACCCCUUUUGCAAAAAACCUAGAUCUCAGAGUGUUUUGUGUUUUGCUGGAAUGACUGCUUUCCAUGCGGUUAUUUCCCGUUACCAGAUAUGCAUAGUGUUUAUCUGUGAAGAACUCUUCACCUCUUGGGAACUGCUGAAAAUAAAUUCAUCAAGGACCAUGGUCAGCUUUAACGAGCGAGAGUAAGGCACUUUGGAGUCCCACUUCAACAUGGGUUGGAAGGUGCUUUUGCAACUGCAAAGUAGUAGGAUUAAUAUGCCUACUUUUUAUACAUUACUCUUAUAACUGCAGUGAUAGAUAUGUUUGAUUUUCUAUCUCUCUCAGCUUCAAAAAGAAAUGAAAAAUCCGUAAUUAUUUUGCCUCUUUUUACUAUACAAUUAUAUCUAGGUACAGAAUGCACCUAUGGCUGCAGAAAGAAAACUCUCUACCACAAAAUGUCUGACUCCAACCCAAUGUAUUGCACUUGUACCAGGUUCUGCAACAUAGAGGGGAGUGGAAACUUAAGCUGCUUUCACCUCCUGCUGCUUUGUCCUCUUCCUCCUGCAGGGAUGGAGAACCAGAGAGAGGUGAGCGAGUUCAUUUUCCUGGGCCUCACCAAUGUAAGGAGUCUUCGGUAUUAUCUCUUUACCCGCUUCCUGCUGCUCUCCAUGGCCAGCAUUUUGGGGAAUGGAGCCACCGUGGCUGUAAUACUGGCUGAGCCCCAGCUUCACACCCCCAUGUAUUUCUUCCUGGGAAAUCUCUCCAGCCUAGACAUCUUCUUCUCCACGGUCACUGUGCCCAAGAUGUUGGCCGGCUUCCUCUCAGAGCACCAGAUCAUCUCCUUCACCAGCUGCCUGGCACAGCUCCAUUUCUUCCAUUUCCUGGGCAGCAGUGAGGCCAUGCUGCUGGCUGUCAUGGCCUAUGACCGCUACGUGGCCAUCUGCAACCCACUGUGCUACACACAGGUCAUGAGCCCACAGGCCUGCCUGCUUCUGGCAGGAGUCACCUGGGCCACUGGCUUCCUGUACGCCCUGAUGCACACAGUCAUGACCUCCCAGUUGCACUUCUGUGGCCCCAACCGUAUCCACCACUUCUUCUGUGACAUCAAGCCCCUGCUGAGCCUGGCCUGCAGCAGCACCUGCCUCAACCUGAGCCUCCUCCACACCGUCACUGGGAUUAUUGGUGUGAGUCCAUUCAUCCUCACGCUUCUCUCCUACCUCUACAUCAUCUCUUUCCUCUUCCUGAAGGUCCGGUCACGGGAAAGCAGGAGAAAGUCCUUCUCCACUUGCACCUCGCACCUCACCGUGAUAGCACUGUGCUAUGGGACAGUGAUCUUCACCUACACGCGUCCUUCUUCAGGAAGCUCCAAGGGCGAAGAGAUGAUCAUCACCCUAGUGUACGGUGUCCUCACCCCAGCUCUGAAUCCCCUCAUCUACACCCUGCGGAACAGUGAUGUGAAAUACACCACCAGGAAAUUCAUCAUUAGAAAACUCUUCCCUGAAAGGAACUAAAUAAAAUGACUUCUUCUUGUUUUGAAGUGAAAAGGAGAGAUGUUGACCAAGGGAAUUAUAAUGUAGGGGAUCUAUCUUCAAUAUUCCCUGGAAAAAUAGACUGUAGGUGACAUUCUUGCAGUGACCAAGAUGGAGAUGGAAAAAAUUUCCUCCCAGUAUUUCUUCAUCUCUAAUUGUUAUGGGGGAAAAUGUUUGGAGAUUAAUUUUAAAUAUUAUUCCCAAAUAAAAUUGGUAUAAAGGUUUAUAAUACAUAGGAUUAAUUGAAGUUAAACUACUUUAAAAGAUACUGCAUAGAUUCCAAAACCAAGCACAACAAACCUUGGAUGUUGAAGGUUAAGAUUUCAUUUAAAAGAAAUCCAACCCUGUUAAGGUCCACAAAUGCACAGAUCAGACUUGCAAACCACCUUAACUCUGUCAUGUCACAGAUUCUUCCAACUUCUCAUUGUUAAAACACACUGAAAUUUGGUACAUAGGUCACAUUUGAAUACUUGUUGAUUUAUUAGAUGUACUGCUCGUUUCUUCCCAUUAUUUGUUAUAAAUGAAAUUUCUUUCACUAGAAAUGUCUACUCGGGCUUGUAUGCACAGCUGACAACUAAUGCAUACCAUUGUGAUCGAGGUAUUUUAAGUUCCAUGCAUCCAGCUUAAAUAAACCUGAUUUUGAAAGCCCCAUUGAUUUGUUUCUUUUCCCCAUACCCCUCUUCUUGUCACAACAAUGGACAGUUAAGAUAUUUUGGAUGCCCCAACUGCACAUGUAAUAAACCUUGUGUGCUUAUUUGUGGUAUCUGUCUUGGUACACUUAAGAAUUGGGGAUGAUCUUAUGAAAUGUCUGUAUCUGUAUGAAAUUUCUGACAGUGGCUCAGCCUCAACUUUCCACUCCAAUGUCCUUCUUCCUGGGCAAAACAUCUUCUAUUCCACAGUCACCAUACCCAAAAUGCUGGCUUCCUCUCAGGGCACCAGGCCAUCUCCUUUACCAGCUGCCUCACCCAGUUCCAUUUCUUCCACUUCCUGGGCAGCAGGAAGGCCAUUCUGCCGGCUGUCGUGGCCUGUGACUGCUACAUGACCCUCUUUAACCUGCUGCACUACACGUUGGUCUGGAACCCACAGGCCUGCCUGUGGCUGAUAGCAGCCACCUGGGCUACUUCAUCCCUGAAUAUGCUGAAACAGUCAUGACCUCCUGCCUCUGUUUCUAGUGCCUCAGCUGCUUCUAUGACUUCCUCUGUGACAUCAAGCCCUUGCUGAGUCUGGCCUGUUGCAGCACCCACCUCAACCUGAGCCUCCUCAAUAUCAUCACAAGGAGCUUCACACUGGGUUCUUUUGUCCCCAACUUCCUGCUGUACCUCUACUUAAUUUCCUUCCUCCGGACAAUCAUGGGAAAUCAGGACCAAUAUCUUUUCUACCUGCACCUCCCAUCCCAUGAUGGUGUCUCCAUGCUAUGUAUCAAAGCUUGGCAACUACACGACUUCCUCCCCUGGGGUCUCCUCUGAAAGGAACACUGUAGUCAUCCACAUACACAAUGUUGUUACCCCAAUUCUGAACCCCAUGAUCUAUCUCUCAGGAAUGAGGAGGUGAAAUUUGCCCUGGAGAAACUGCUGAACAGAAAACUCUUCCAUGAAAGGACAUGAAUAAAAAAAAGACACACAUAAAACCCUUUAAAAUUAUGAUUAAAACCUUUUAGUCUUUUUGGACUCCAAGAUUUUUAAGUACACAUUAGAUUCCCUCUCUCUUCUCAUUUUUUCCUCUUCAAGGUGUCACUAUAGGGCAAUGCUAAGUUUAUUUGGGUUCCCUAAUAUCAUUUCCUGCUGUAACAUGUAUGCAUAUUGUUUAACUUUCAUUUUGAAUUUCCUGUGGGAUUUUGGGGGGAAAUUACACCUUCGUAAUGUAUUCUACUCUAAAUUAAGGACAUGUUCUCUAAACCUGGACUCCAUCUUAAUGACUGCUGAUAGUGAAACUUUGAAGGAUAAUGGUGAGGAAAUUACCACAAACCAUACCAAAAAGAUUAUUCAUAUAGUUCCUAUAUGCAAAAUUUCAUUGU